AUGAGGGACAAAUCAAGGUGUUUUGCCUUUGUCGACUUUACUCCGGAUGAAGCUGGCAACUUAAUUCGAAACUGUCGGAACGAGAUUAAAGUUCGGGGCUUUAAAGUGCUUUUUGAUUAUGCUGACCCUAAGGACGAGGCUUUGAGAUUUGAGCGAGGUCAUGUUGGUGAUUCACGGUUUUCGGGUAACGUUGAGGAGCCAACUUCCAACAUUAUGGUUCGUGGAAUACCUUCAGAUAUUGAUGAGCGAGAUAUAAUUGAGGAACUCAGUCGGAACAAUGUUCGCUACGCUGAUGUUCGUGUCAUUCGCGAUCGUCUAACAGGUGUGUCGAGAGGCUUCGGCUUUAUCGAAUUCGCUUCCACGCAGGAAGCCAUUCAUUGGAUGGAUGCUCAAAAAGGACUGCUGCACGUUCACCGGCAUACCAUGCGUCUCAAUUUCAGCUCUCCGCGAAAUCAGCCAGACCCUAGUAGAAAUGAGCCUAAUCAUCGCGAUUCUCGCUUUGGCAGCGGCCACAAUUUUACUCCCGAAUCUCUCGCUUCGGGUGAUUGGAAGUGCUUCAGGGUGGGUGUCCGCUUCUACCUUCAUAUUCUGACUCAUUUGUCGGUGCGCCAGGGCUGUCGACGUUGUCCUAUUCUCAAUAGCGUUUGUUCGAGUCACAACUUCAAGCGCCGCGAAUUCUGCUUCCGCUGCCAGCAUCCGCGUUCUCAAGCUCAGCCAGAUGCGAGUACAUACACCUCUGACGGAUCCGAUCUCGUUGGAACGACUCCAUGCAACACUUUGGUUUUGCGUUGUUUGGAUGCAUUUACUACGGAAUCUAGCAUCCAGGCUGCCUUCAUCGACCAACACAAUGUACAAAUCAAAAGAUGCUACGUCUUGCGUGAUAGAAAUACAAAUAUUUCACGUUGCUUUGCUGUUGCGGAGUUACCGACUGUUGCCGAUGCUUACAAGGUGGUGGAUACGAUUGUGAAAGAGCACAAAAUUUUUGAAAUCGAGGGCAAAGCCAUUGCCAUUAAUUACGCCAAGAACAAUUUCAACACAAUUAUGACUACAAUGAAAAUGGAAGGUGCCUUGAAUGAGCAUGUACUUGCAAGUCAUACUCAAUCGAGUCCUUCGGUGCCUAAUAUUAUUGGGUAUAAUUCGUUUGCCACGGGGCAGAUCUCAGUGGCGCCACCGCCUUUGUCCACUUCUGGCGUUGCGGUUGCACAAGCGGCGAUACAGAUGAAGCAGACGGAGGCGCGCCUUGCCUCGAUUGUUGCACAGUCGGUGCACCAUCCCCAGGGCCUCCUUGGUUAUCCUCCUCAACAGGGUGGCUCUGCUGUUCGCCCACAGACUUUCCCCAAUACUUUGGCUAGUUUUCCUGCUCCGACAAUGCCUUUCAGCGCCUCAACGGCUGCAAACACAGAAUAUCCGUUUCCUGACACGACCAAGUUUCUUUACGACGAAACAAUCCGUUAUUACUAUGACCCACUAACUGGUUUGUUAUACGAACCCAACACCCGCUAUUUCUUUGAUCGAGCUACUCAACAAUAUUACCACUACGAUGCCUCACGGAGUCUUUACGUUCCCGCCUCACAAGUCGUCAACCAGCAUAAUCAAAGCGAAUCUGCUAAAACUGUCGAGGAACCGAUCAAGAAAAAAGAAAAGAAAGAUAAGGAGAAAACGGCUCAGAAAAUUGCCAAGGAGAUGGAAAAGUGGGCUAAACGUAUGAAUUCACAGAAGGAAGCCCCUGUUACGGUUCCCAAGGUUGAGCAGGCCACUCCUGAAAAUUGCAAAACUGCUGACACGGGCUAUGCGAUACUUCAAGCGGCAACCAACGCGUCCGUUUUGAGCAGCUCACCGGCUACUGCAGGUCUGGUAGCCCAAUAUGGCGGUGAAGACAGUGAGGAAGAUGAGGUCACCCAACUCGAUGAAAAAGAACUGGAAACUCAAGUGACGGCUGAAGAAUCGAAGCUCAUGGAUUGGACAAAAUUGGCUUGUCUGUUGUGUUCUCGUGGAUUCAAAGAUGUGGAGACAAUGCAGAAGCAUCGCGUUUUUUCCAAUCUUCAUCUUCAGAACCUAAACAAACUUCGCUCUAAGUAUGGUCUCAGAGAGUUAUCAGCCCUGCCUGCGCAACAACAACAGCAAUUGCAGAAGCUCGACACACAAACACAUGCUGAAGCAAUCGAAUCGCUAAUGCAAUUGGGUGCCGCUGCGGCUAGUAGCCAUGCAAGGGAUGUAGCAGCUAGUAGACACCAAUCAAACUCUCUCGGUGCAAAUCCAUCUCCGCCUUAUAGUUCUAUCUCCGGUGGGCGUUACCGAGACAGAGCAAAGGAGAGGCGAGAGAAAUUUGGCACCGUACCACCAUCAAGAUUCGAUCAGCAAGACGCUUCGGUGACAGUUCCUCCUCCUCAUCCUCCUGUAGAUACAGCACCUGCCAUGGCCUCCGCAUCGCCUACAACGAAUAAUGGUACAGUUGGUGGUAACGUUGGCAGCCGUUUAAUGGAGAAAAUGGGCUGGCAGGCGGGACAGGGGCUGGGAAAAUCAAAUCAGGGUCGAACGCAAUUGGUUGAACCAGAAUUUCGCGAGAUCGGGGUUGGUUUAGGAGUCAAAGUCUCUAAGCGUCUCCCACCGGCGGAUAACUAUAAAGACAAUGUGAAGCGUGCCAUGUAUGCUCGUUAUCACGAACUAGGGUGA